ACCGUACUCGAUUCCAUCUGACGCGCACCUCAAGAAUGGGAGUGAAAGACCUGUGGAAGCUACUGGAGCCUGCUGGGCGGCCUGUAAACCUCGAGCAGCUGCAGGGACUCGUUCUAGCCAUAGACGUGAGUGUGUGGCUUCAUCAAGCCGUUCACGGAGCGAGAGACCGCGCGGGUCAGCCCCUGCAGUCUGCACACCUCGCCCUUCUCUUUUCUCGCAUCUGCAAGUUGCUCCACUACCAGAUAAAGCCGGUGUUCGUCUUUGAUGGAGGAAUACCAGCACUCAAACAACAGACCAUAGCUGCUAGGAGCAGAAGGAGACAGCUGGCCGGCAAGAAGGGAGAGAGAGCGGAAGAGAAACGGAGGUCAAAGUACAUGCAGGCAAGGAUCCUGCAGCAGCUCACAGGGGAAGGCUCGUCAGCAUUGCCCUCACGAUCAUCGUUGAGUCAGCAAGACAUGUUUGACCUGCCUCCUCUGCCUGAGGACGUGUUCAACAAAGAUAGGAGUCCAGCGUUUGUUGGGACAAGCGAUGCCUCGUUUGUGGAAGACGUUGAAAAAGUCGACGUAACCUCGGCCGAGUUUGCGUCUCUCCCUCCCGAACUGAAACACGAGAUAUUACAAGAGAGGCAGGAACUGGAGAGGCGCACGAAAACAGACCCCGGCACCCUGCCUGACGUGGCCAGUGAUUUCUCAGACUAUCAGCUGGGGAGACUCAUGAGGAGGAGUAGACUAAGCCGCCAACUGGAGGAUGUCCGGCAUAGCCUGAAGGAGACAGGGAGUGAGAUUAUCGGAGGUCAACUGGGGUCGUUUGAGGUGGAGGCUAAUCGAAUCAUGUCCAGUGAUUCCGCCCACUACAUUCUGGUGAAGGGGGUCGAUGUCGAGGGGUCCAACAGCCAAGACGAAUUGAAUGAUGUCGUGGUUGGUAGAGAUGAUGUCGCCGGUAAUGAAACUUGGAACUCUGCCGAAUUAGAUAUGGAGGAGGGAAGGAGUGAUGUAAUCGCCUGUAAGAAUGAUGUCGUGGCUGAAGUAGAGGCUGAAGUUGUGGCAGAGAAAGAAGUGAAGGGAGCAGAAGAUGUCUCUUUCAACUCUCUCACUGCUGGUAGAGUGCCUACCUCCACUACCAAUGUCGAGGAUGAUAUCAUCCACACAGCUCACAAGCAUGCAUUGCCAGAAGAGAAGAAGGAGGAAGAGGAGGGGAGAGAGAAGGUUCCUUGUGUCAAUGUUUCUACCUGCGAACCACAACCAGCUUCAGGUCGAAAACAUGCAGUAGUGGGUACUGAACCUGCUCUCACACCAACUGCCAAGGAAGACGCUAUUGUUUCUCCGAUCAGUGCUAAAUCUCCAGUCAAUGCUGAGUUACUAAUCCCUCCCCCAGCAAGUGCUAACUCUCCAGUAAGUGCUAAAUCAACUGAGCUGCAGCCUGCUUCCACCGUUGCUGAGUCUGAUAGUGAGGUUCACCCACCAGAGGAGGUUGUCAGUGAAGAGGGGAGGGGUGAGAGUGGGGAGGUAUGGGAGGGAGGGGUGCUGGAGCUCUCCCCGAGAGAGGCUCGGUCUAGACUAGAGGAGGAGGUGACGGAGCUGGGGAGAGAGAUGGAGAGACAGCAGAGAGCAGCUGCGGCGAUCGGCAGUCUUGUCUACAGAGAGGCCCAGGAGCUCCUGUCACUGUUUGGUCUUCCGUACGUAAUUAGUCCCAUGGAGGCGGAGGCUCAGUGUGCCUAUCUUGACCACACCCACCAGACCCAUGGCUCCGUCACCAGCGACAGCGACGUCUUUCUGUUCGGAGGUCAGAGGGUCUACCGCCAUUUCUUCAGUCAAGACCACCAGCCUUUGCUCUUUGCUGCUGAGGAUAUUCAAUCUGUUCUCGGGUUGACACGGCAGCGAAUGGUCUGCCUGGCGUACCUGCUAGGUAGUGACUACACCCCCGGGCUGGAUGGAGUGGGUGUGGUCAAUGCCAUGGAGGUCAUAGGUCAAUUCAGAGGGGAAGGAUUGGACAGUCUGGAGAAACUAAAAGAGUGGCAUUCACUCGUCCGAGCAGUUCCUGGACUUACCCUAACUAGCACUCUGGAGAAAAAACUGCGUACUUUGGAUCUUCCAGACGACUUCCCCAGUAAGACUGUGUGGCAGGCAUACAUGUCUCCCGAAGUCGAUACUUCUAAUGAGCAAUUUCACUGGGGGACCCCCGACCUCGACCUCAUUAGAAAGUAUCCUGCUACUAUAUUUACCAGUGACAUCGUCGUGUUGCUAAGUAUAGAAACAGUGUCCUGAACUAGUUCCCAGGUUCAUGUCAGGACACGUGGGAUGGAAUCAGGACAGAGUUGACUCUGUACUUCUACCUGUCCUGAAAAGAGCCAGCGACAGAGAGAGGAGGAUUACAUCAUACUUCACGCCGUCUCUCCCCAAUGCCUUAUCUUCAACUAUCACCAGCAAGAGACUGAGGAAUGUUGUUGCCAGAAUAACUGACAGAGAUAAGAGCCCGGAUGUACCUGCCCCACCAGAUCCUAAGAAAUCCAAGAUCACCAUCAGUUCCUCCAGUUCUGAUGAUGAGUGGGAGAGUGUGGUUGAUAGACGAGGAAAGAGAGGGAGGGGGAGGAGAAGAGGGAAAAGAGAAAUUCCGGAACAUUCUACUUCUUCAGCACAUAAUCUCUCGGCAAGCAGCAGUAGCAGCAGCGAUGGAGACUAGAACGCUGAAUAGUAUUACGGACCCGUUUUUAUCAUGUACAAUGUCAC